GUCAGUCGUCGUGUGAAGGUUGUUUGUUUGUUGAUUUAAAUUUCAGUUUAUAAUUUGUUAGGUACCUAUUGUUAAUUUCUCCAAAUGGCGCGCACGAAAGCUUCUGUGGGUGCUAAAAGGACCUUACAAACUUAUAUUCCGGAAGUGACUGCAGAUAAGGCGUAUCAUCAGGGAAGAGCAGCAAAGCCAGAUGCAGUGUGGCUCCUCCAGCUUCAAGUAAUGCUGUCUCUGGAGGUAAAUUCUAUAAAUUAUCUUAUAUAUAAAAUUCUCGUGUCACAAUACCUGAAAAAAAUGCUUCGUCACACCUCUCUUAAAGGACCCCAAAUUGUAGGAAGGAGGGAACACGUGCGCGGGCAAAGAAUUCCACUUGCGAAUAGUAGCUCAGACCGUUCUGCGAAAGGUGGCUCGGGUGGUGGCAACUCAGUGUGUCCCCGGGAAACACCAAAAUGGCAGAAACCCAUCACGAAUUUCUUCAUUUGCAAAGACAAAUCUGUCGAGUCUGAAGAAGAGAGCAAUGACAAGGUAGAAGCUGGCAGUUCAAAGUCUAAACCCAAAAGGAAUGUGAUAGAAUCAGAUGAAGAGAGCGAACAAGUUGUACCGACUAACAAUGUUCUUGAUGAAACGUUGGAAUUGGAACCGUUGACCGGUGAGGACAGCCAUAAGAUCGAGGAGUACUACAGUAAGAAUUCUAAAGGGAAGGGGAAAGGGAAAAAGACAAAGGACAAAGAGAACAUGGACUGCAAUGUGGAGAAAAGAAAGUCGAAGAGAGAUCUAGAAGAUGACACUUUGAGUGAAGAAUCGACACAUGUUAGCAAGAAAAUCAAAGUUUAAACAUAAUGGUGGACUGUUGGAACUAUUAUUUAGUAUUAAUGAUCAUAAUUAUACUGUUUAAAAAAAAAUGUGCUGGCCACUGUUGUCGAAUGCAAAAGUGAGUUCUAUUUCUUGGGAGACAAUGGUGUCGAUUCUGGCAUGAUUCUCUAAACCUAAAUUUAAUUUUGACAAUAGUGUAUCCUUGUCAGUAUCUACACAGAAUGAAAAGGAGAGACUGAUGUUAAA